CGACGUAGGAUAGGGUAGACACUCACAUUUUUUUGUCGUGGAGAAGGUGUAGCUUGCCCACAAUAGACCAUGAUCCAGUGGCAGUGGCAGUAGCAGUGUCCUAGGCUUGGAGUGAAGUAGUUCUUCUUCUGGUUGUCGGUGGUGUUGCAGGUACAGGUUGCCCCAUUGCGGGCCACGGCGCUGUGCCUUGCACCUACAUCUCCAGUUGGCGGAAACAUCGUCGAGUGACGAGUGCUGAUUCCGGUGCCAGCGACAUGGAUUGGUAACAGAUCAGUUUCUGUACUGCUUCGCUAUUGCGUUGUUACUGAUACUAGUGAUAGUGUGCUGCAGUGCACGGUGUAGUCUACGUCAAGAGGGAGGAUUGUUCCUGAGCGCAGCAAGGUGAUGGCGUCCGACUCUGAGGUGGUGUUGGUGAAGCAGGGCUUUCUGAAAUGUCCGCCAUUUGACAAGGAAAUGUCGUUUCAUGAGAGGUGGCCUCGCUAUUGGUGUGUAGUUGCAGGCCAUAAUUCGCCCACAGGACAGAGCCAUUACUUCCUCUACUUCUUCAACCAGCAACCGCGAAACAUCAAGCAGAUCCUGGCCAACAUCCCUGCUGCUUCCGACGGGAAAGCAAAUGGUGACCUGUUAACAAAUGUGGAUAAGUCUUCUCCUACUAUGCCAGCGGAGGAGGGCAUAAUUUUGGCGUUGCCACUACGAGAUUGUUACUACCUACGCCGAUGUCACCAGCAUAGCUAUUACAAGAACUUGUUCAGCAUCUGCUUCUCACAUGCCUCCUACUUUCUUGCUCCGGAGACUGGGUCAGCGAUGGAGAGUUGGAUCAUGACGUUCUGUGAACAUCUGGACAUCAACUGCGAGGAGGACCAGAAGCCUCGGCCAAAGAAUGGCCGCAUGCAGCAACGAUCCCUGAGCCACUUUCGACACUCAUCAAUCAAGCAGAAGUUCCAGAGUGUGGGAGACAAGGGCAGCCGGCGACCCAACACACUACCGUUUCCCCCGGCAGCUUCGUCCACUGGUGUCGGCGCUGGAUUAACGCACACUUUACCAGUCACAGGCAUCCCAGGUCUGAUAACCACCCCUGCUACUGGUGCAUACUCGUCGCCCAGUAUUGGCAGUUUGGACAGCUACAGUAGCCUUAGCACUGCCUUCUCAUCAGAUGUGUCAUUGGCAUCGUCUCGCACUGCACCACCUGCUGGUAUGAACACGAGUAGUCUAAGACAUGUAACAUCCAAGCUCUCGGUCACUAAGCCCAUGCCAUCAGACGAGGACGAAGAAGAAAUCUGCCAUGGUAUGAAAGAGCUCACGUCGUCAAUUUCUGCUGGCACGGCAUACCGAUCGCUUGCACUAAUCACACAGCGUUCCAGCAGUCAGGAUUCCCUGUCACAAGUUGAUAGUGGUGUUAGCUAUGACAGGGAUGGCACACCAAGCAGUGCACUGCAUCCUGACGGCGCAGACAUCAUUGCCAUGGACACGGGCCCGCCACCACCACCGGUGCCCAUCACCGUUGACAACCCGUUUAUACGAUCACCACCGACGCCGAAUCACUAUGACAGAGCUCCAAGUGCAACUCUCAGUGGUCACUCAACUCUGACGAGCCAGUCUACAAUAGUGCUGCCCAGCUCUGGCAGGGUCUCUUCGAGCCAGAUUGAAAGUCCUUUUCUUUCUGUAAGAUGCGAAUCCACUGCCACGCAAUUGUCCGACACGAUGCAUCACGACCGGAUGUCCGGCAUAUUCUCUGGGUCACUGCCACAACUGAAGAAGUCUACCAGUGCUACUUCUACAGGAAGCAGAGCGUCCCUUCCAUGCAGAUCAACGCCCGUGAAUUUGAGCAGUGAGUGGGGUGGUGGGCCAUCAGGAGACACUGCUACGUUUGGGCAAGAUCAAUUCAGACACCGGGCAUACUCCAAGACAUCUGCUGAUUUCAAGACUUCCACAGCCAGAGCAUCUCCAGCAUUUGCAGCACCCAGUGCGCGCUCAAUGAUCAGUGUCAAGCUCACCGUCAAGAUACAGCGUAGCCUAGCCAUGGAACAUCUUCUCCUGGUGGAUGCAUUCAACUAUGUAUGGGUGGCUGGCUGGAACUCAAUUCAGCACCCACACGUGUUCCACGUUGGUGAUCAACUUCUCUCAAUCAACUCUAAGGCAUGCAGCAAGGCAUCCACAGCUGUGACUGACGUUCAAAGCAGUGGUCUCGAGGUGGAGCUGGUGAUUGUUCGAACUCCCGUUGGUAAUGAGGUGUCUAUCCAGCGGCACUCCACCAGUGAGAUACUUGGUCUGGGACUACGUAAAAGCACGAUCACCAGUAUCUACCCAAACACGGCAGCAUCACGUUCUGGCGUAAACCUACAGGCGCAGGGCAUGAAUGGCAAGCUCGUGCCUUGGGUAGUCACGCAGAUCAACUCAGUGCCAGUCAACCUCUUCAAUACGGACAGAGACAAGGUGAUGCAGCAGCUGAAUGCAAGCGGCUUCUACAUCACACUGCUUCUCCAACCGAAGGACUUCAUCA